UUGAACUGUGAUAUAGUAAAAUGGGGAGGGGGAAAGUGGAGCUGAAGAGAAUAGAAAACCCAACAAGCAGGCAGGUGACCUUCUCAAAACGACGAAAUGGGCUUCUGAAGAAGGCUUUUGAGCUCUCCAUCUUAUGUGAUGCUGAAGUUGCACUCAUCAUCUUGUCUCCCUCUGGCAAGAUCUACCAAUUUUCAAGCCAUGACAUAAACAGGACCAUUGCCAUGUAUAGGAAUCAAGUGGGUCUGCCUGAAUCAAACAACUCAAGCUUCAGACAGGCCAGAACCAUGGAGUUUGGGAGGAAUAAUGAAAAUGAAGAGCUAAGGAGAUCAAUAGACAACUUGGAAAUGAGGCUGAAGAACUUGGCUGGGGAAGAGCUUGAUAUGCUGGGCAUGCAAGAGCUAAAACAGCUCGAGCGGCAGUUGAAAACUGGGGUUGAACGCAUCCGCUCUCAAAUGGGACGGGUCAUUUCGGAGAACAUCAGCUUGCUGAAAGGAAAGCAUAAAGCAUUGCAAGAAGAAAACAGUCGUCUGCAAAAAAGAGUUAAGCUCCAUGAGCUUCAUUAUGCUGAUCCCUCAAGCUCAAGGAUUUCGGGACCAAAUGCAUAUAUGCAAUUCAUUUCCUAGUGAAUUUUGAGAUUCAAGAUUCUUCAAGAUAUAUGAUCUCUCGCACCAAGUACUUGAUUUGUAAAGGCAGUGAUAGUGCCUUCAGCUAUUUCCUAUUUGUACCUAAAGUUUGGGUUUCUAAUGCUUUUUUCUUUCUUUUCAUUUUUCUCUUGUGUAUGGAGUUUAAUAUAUGCAGUUCUGUUUUCAUUCGAACGUCUUA